GUCUCUCAGACGACGACCCUCCCUCUCUCUCUCCCUCCCUCUCUCCCUCCCUCUCUCUCUCUCUCUCUCUCUCUCUCUCUCUCUCUCUCUCUCUCUCUCUCUCUCUCUCUCUGUCGGACAGAGGAUCAAUCUCUCUUUCUGUCAAUCCUUGCCUGGUCACCGCCGGAUACGGGUGCUAGGCUGCGCUGUGCUGCUCUAGGAUACGCUGCGCUGCGCUAGGUUCGCGCUGCCUACGCUACGCUAGGCUAACGCUUGUGUGGCAUGUGGCACCCGGCUGUGUCGCCCGUCGUAGCCAGCAGUACCCACCACUACGCUCCAGAGGCAGGCAGCUACGGCGGCCACUACACGUCAGUGCCCAUGAGUUCCCCGGCGUCGUCCAUGCCCCCCAUGAGCAGCGGCGGGGGCAUGGGGCACCACCCGUCCGUCAUCAGCUCGUCCCGGCCCCUGGCGUCUCCCAUGAGCACCCUGGGCUCCCCGCUCAACGGCCUGGCCUCCCCCUACUCAGUCAUCAACUCCUCAUCGCUCGGCUCGCCCGCCGUCUCCCUGCCCUCCACGCCUGGCAUGGGGCCCUUCGGAUCCCUGCACAGUCCACAGAUGAACUCUAUGAACAAUGUGAGUAGUUCGGAGGACAUCAAGCCUCCUCCAGGGUUGUCAUUGGGCCUCAGCUACCAGUCCACCAGCCCCGGCGGCCUCUCCAAACACAUCUGUGCCAUCUGUGGAGACCGCUCGUCAGGGAAGCACUACGGUGUGUACAGCUGCGAGGGCUGUAAAGGCUUCUUCAAGAGAACUAUCCGGAAAGACCUGACCUACACCUGCCGCGACAACAAGGACUGCAUGAUCGACAAGCGGCAGCGGAACCGCUGCCAGUACUGCCGCUACCAGAAGUGCCUAGCCAUGGGCAUGAAGAGAGAAGCGGUCCAGGAAGAGAGGCAGCGAGGCAAGGAGAAGAGCGACACCGAGGUGGAGUCCACCAGCAGCUUCAACGAGGACAUGCCGGUGGAGAAGAUCCUGGACGCAGAGCUGGCCGUCGAACCCAAGACCGACAACUACACGGAGGGAGGAUCGGGAAACUCGACAAACGACCCGGUGACUAACAUCUGCCAGGCGGCGGAUAAGCAGCUGUUCACCCUGGUGGAGUGGGCCAAGCGCAUCCCCCACUUCUCAGACCUCCCCCUCGACGACCAGGUCAUCCUCCUCCGCGCAGGAUGGAAUGAGCUCCUGAUCGCCUCCUUCUCCCAUCGCUCGGUGACGGUGAAAGAUGGCAUCCUAUUGGCUACGGGCCUGCACGUGCACAGGAGCAGCGCUCACAGCGCAGGAGUGGGCUCCAUCUUUGACAGGGUACUUACUGAACUGGUAUCGAAGAUGAAGGACAUGCAGAUGGACAAGACAGAGCUGGGCUGCUUAAGGGCUAUCGUCCUCUUCAAUCCAGAUGCCAAAGGCCUGUCCAAUCCCCAGGAGGUGGAGGCGCUGCGGGAGAAAGUUUACGCCUCCCUGGAGUCCUACACCAAACACAAAUACCCAGAUCAACCUGGCAGGUUUGCCAAGCUGCUGCUGCGUCUGCCAGCUCUGCGCUCCAUUGGCCUGAAGUGUCUGGAGCACUUGUUCUUCUUCAAGCUGAUUGGUGACACGCCCAUCGACACAUUCCUCAUGGAGAUGUUGGAGACGCCCCACCAGAUCACAUGACCCUGCCCAAGCCACGCCCCUUUGUCCUUAUUUGGUCUUUCUUUUUUUCCUUUCUUCCUUAUAUUCGGUUUUUUUUUCAUUCUUUUUUUUUCAAGUAUUAUCCCUUACCUUGUUUGUGUUCCUUUCCUCCUUUAGUUUCUUUUUUGUUUGCUUUUGUUUUUGUUUUUUUUCCUUCUGUCUUUCUUUUUUUUGUUUUUCAAAAAUGCUGGGUCUUCUUCGCUCGGCAUGGCAGCCCUUGUUGUGAGGUGUAGAGUUGGCGACUAUAAACUACAUGUUUUGUACCAAGCACAAAAUUAUUAAAUAAUAAAUGUGAAGGUUUGUAAGAAGCUGAGGAAAAAAAUGUGUGUGGGCAGGGCUGGGAGAGAGG